AUGAAUCAAAGUAAUCCCUUAUCUGUGGCGCUUGCUGACAAUUUAAGCUCAUACGAUAUUCAAAAUGAAUCCUUUCGCCUAGGCAAUGUAUCUAUUGAGGGAGAUAAAUAUAUAUGCGUUAAGGAAAAUGUAAAUGAUAACAUUCAAGUAGCAGUCAUAAAUUUACAUAAUAAGGUCAGCACUCGUAAAUAUAUGAAAGCUGAAAGUGUCAUUAUCCAUCCUAAUGAACCAAUAUUAGCAUUAAGGGGUACAAUAAAAAAUGUAAAUACUAUAUUUUUGCAAGUUUUUAACAUUGAAACGAAAGAAAAAAUAUGCUCGUUAAAUUUAAAUGAGUACAUGAAUUACUGGAAAUGGAUAAAUAAUGAUACAAUUGCAAUUGUAUGUGAAAGAAAUAUUUAUCAUUGGAACAUCGAUAUAUAUAAUACGAGAAAAAAUAAAGAUAAUAAUUUCUUAACAAAAAUUUUUGAAAAAGCACAAGUAUUUAUUGAUAACAAUUCACAAAUAUUGUAUUAUGCAACAGAUAAAGAAAUGAAAUGGUGUAUACUAUGUGGUAUAUCUACUCAGGAUCAAGGGAAAAGUAUUGACGGGUAUAUGCAACUCUAUUCAUGUGAAAAAAAGUUGCAUCAAACAAUUGAAGGGUUUAUAGGUUGUUUUGGUUCAUUUAUUUUUGAUAAUUUGGAUUUGAAACCACUCUUCUGUUUUAUUGAAAAAAAAAAAAAUUCCACGAUAUCAAGAUUGCAUUUAAUGGAUAUAUACAGUAGCAAGACUGAAGGAAAUACGCCAUACAAAAUUAUGAAAGAAAUUAAUUUAAUAAAUGAUAAUUUGAACGAUUUUCCAAUUUAUAUGACUUUAAAUACUUUGCAAGGUAUUAUAUAUGUUGUUACUAAAUGCAGUUAUGUGUACCUAUUUGAUGAGGGUACACUAACCCAAAUAGUGAAGGAAAGAAUUAGUGAAGAUAAUAUUUUCAUAUGCUGUAAUAGCAAAAAUGGUGAAGGAAUUUAUGCAGUAAACAAAAAAGGAAAAAUUUAUUACAUCACAGUUAAUUACUUAAAUCUUAUAAACUAUUUGAAAUUAUCCAACAUAGAAGUUAAGGAUAAAAUAAUAAAAAAUCUGUGUCUUAAGUAUGGUUAUCCAGGAUGUGACUACAUAGCAGCAUAUAAAAAAUGUAUAAAUGAAAUGGAUUUUAAGAAGGCUUCCAAAAUUAUAUGCUUAUUGAAAAAUACGAAAAUUUUCGAAGAUCAUUCCAAUUCUAUUGCUGAAGCAAUAUUAAUUAUGAAUAAAAAAAAUAUAGAUAUUAGAAUUAUACCACCUCUAAGAACUCAGCAAGUGUUAAACAGUUUUAAAUCUUUUAAAAAUGCAUCUGGACAGUUAUCACCACUACUACUAUACUUUUCUGUUUUAUUAGAAUAUGAUAAAUUAAAUAGCUAUGAAUCCAUUGAACUGGUAAGACCUGUAAUUUUGCAAAAAAAGAAAGAGUAUUUAGAGAAAUGGAUAAAGGAUGAUAAGUUAACUUGUUCAGAAGAAUUAGGUGAUUUAGUUAAAGUUCUAGAUUUACAUUUAGCAUUAAAUAUUUUUUUAAGAUGUGGAGCUCAUAAUAAAAUAAUUUCCACCUAUUGUCUUCUGAACAUGUUUAGUAAUGUAUCAAGCUAUAUAAACAAUUUUAAACAAAUAUCAUUUGAUUUUGUAAAUAUAUUUAUUUCUAUUGUUAAUUAUGAUUUUCCAUUUAGCAAUGAUAAGGAUUCAAGUUCUUUUGCAGCUUUAAGUACUUCAUCGAAAAAUGAAGGGAUAGAUUUUUUUAACGAUGGUAGCAGUACAAGUGCUAAUGAUACGAAACAAAGCAGAAGUAGUAAUAAUGAAAUAUCUGUGCAAUACAUAAAAUUUCUAUGUGAGAAUAACAUUCCCUUUGAUAUUAAUAGUAUUGUAGACUAUUUAUUAAGUAAGAAAAAGUUACAAGAAGCUACAUCUAUAUUAUUAGAUUAUCUAAAGGAUAAUAAACCAGAGCAUAAAAAUUUACAAACAAAGUUAUUUGAAUUUAAUUUAUAUAACAAUGUUCAAGUAGCAGAAACGUUAUUUCAAAUGGAUAUUUUUACAUACUAUGAUAAAAAUAAAAUAGCCUAUAUAUGUGAAGAAAAGGGAUUAUUUCAAAGGGCCCUAGAAAAUUACAGCAAUGUAAAUGAUAUAAAGAGAGUGAUUUCAAAAUCAUCGUGUUUUCAGAAAAAUGAAAAUAACAAUCAGAACUUUGAUGGCACAAAUGCUGGUAGUAAUGGAUCCAUGAACUCAAACAGAAGUAUAUCGACCGAGUGGAUAAAAAACUAUUUUUCUACUUUAAGUGAUGCUAUAUGUCAAGAUAUUUUAUUCGAUUUUAUGAAAGGAAGUAAAGUAAAUAUGGAAAUUGUUAUUUCUAUAUGUGUUGAAUAUUACAGAAAAAUAGGAAUCAGAAAAAUAAUUAACAAGUUUGAAGAAUGUAAAAAUUAUGAAGGAAUAUUUUAUUUCGUUAGUUCCAUUUUAAAUGAUUUACCUAAUUUAUUAAACAAGGGAAAUGAAAAUAUAUCCUACAAUAAUAAUAUGAAUGAUGAUGGUUCCUCUAUUUUACUCUCAUCUGCUGCUGGAGAAUCAUACAAAAAUGAAAACCCGUCAAUUUUAAGAAUUGAAGAUAUUCAUUAUGUCAUGUUUAAAUAUAUUGAAGCUUGUGUAAAGAUAAAUAAUAUUCAAGAGUUAGAUAGGAUAUGUAAGGAUAAAAAUGCGAAAUAUAAUCCUGAACAAAUAAAGAAUUUUUUAAAAGAGUGCAAAUUAUCAGAUCCGCGCCCUUUGAUAUAUGUGUGUGACAUUCAUAAUUAUAUUGAAGAAUUAGCAGAAUAUUUAUAUAAAAAUAGUUUGUUAAAAUAUAUUGAAGUAUAUGUAAUAAAAGUGAAUCCAAAUAAUGCUCACAAGGUUAUAGGUGUUUUAUUAGAUCUAGAUGCAUCAGAAGAUUUUCUUUUAAAUUUAUUAAAUAAUAUAAAAAAUAUAUCAAAUAUUGGCAAUUUAAUAGAAAUAGCAGAAAAAAGAAAUAGACUUAAAUUAUUGUUACCGUGGCUUGAAAGCAGAGCUAAUGAAGGUUAUGAAAACAUUGAAUUACAUAAUGCUUUAGCAAAAAUAUAUAUAGAUUUAAAUAAAGAUCCAGAGAAUUAUUUAAAGAAUAAUAACUUGUAUGAUAAAAAAAUGAUAGGGAAAUAUUGUGAAGAUCUAGAUCCACAUUUAGCAUAUACCGCAUAUGAAAGAGCUAAUGGAGAAUGUGAUGAAGAACUUAUUAACAUAACAAGUAAAAAUGGACUCUUUAAAUUACAAGCAAAAUAUUUAAUAUCAAGACAAUCUAUGGAACUAUGGAAAAUUGUUUUGGAUGAAUCAAAUAAAUAUAGAAAGAAUGUUAUUGAUCAAGUUAUUGGUUCGACUCUUAUUGAAUCGAACAAUGCAGAUGAGAUUACAGUAACUGUUAAAGCAUUUAUUGAAAAGAAGUUAAGUAGUGAGUUAAUUGAACUAUUAGAAAAAAUUGUUUUGCAUAAUAGUGAUUUUAGUGAUAAUAAAAAUUUACAAAAUCUGCUCAUUUUAACAGCUAUUAAAUCGGAUUCUAAAAAAGUUAUGGAAUAUAUUAAUCGACUUGAUAAUUUUUCAGGUCCUCAAAUUGCAUCUGUUGCUUAUGAAUAUAAUUUGAGAGAAGAGGCUUUUGUUAUUUAUAGAAAAUUUAACUGUCAUACAUCUGCCAUUUCUGUUUUACUGGAUAAUAUUUUAUAUAGUAACAAAAAUACAAGAGGUAGAAAUAGAAAAGUGUUAUCUCUUGUUGAUUCGUCUCUAUAUAAUAAUGAAAAUGCCGAGUUUGCAAGGCAGUUUGGAAAUUAUAGCAAUAAUUAUCAGGAAAAAAAUGAAAUUGAAUAUGGAAGCAACGAAUUAAGCAAUAAUGACACGUUAAGUAAUUAUUGUGAGGAAAAUUACGAAAGGGAAGAUGAUAAUAGGGGUAGCGACAAUGAUAAGGAUAAAGAUAUGGACCAUGUUGAUCCCACAUUAGAUGCAAUAAAUUAUGAGGGAGAUUUAAACAGAGCAAUCGAAUAUGCACAAAAGUGUAACAACGCAGAUAUGUGGUUCAUACUAGGAAAAGCUCAGCUAAAGUUAAAUAAAAUUAUAGAUGCUAUUGAUAGUUUUGUUAAAUCAAAUAAUCCACAAGCGUACAAAGAAGUUAUAGAAAAGUGUAAGCAGAAUAAUUUUUAUGAACAUUUAAUAACAUAUUUAAGCACGCUUAGAGAACAUAAUUCAUUGAAAGAUAUUUUAGUCGAUUCUGAAUUAAUAUAUGCAUAUGCAAAACUUAAGAGAACAACAGAAAUGACAAAGUUUAUUAAUAGCACUAACUCAGCAAAUUUGCAGCUAAUAGGCGAUAGAUUAUACAAAGAACAAGAAUAUGAAGUUGCUAAAAUUUUAUAUAGUAAUAUUCCAAAUAAUCAGAAAUUAACGUUUUGUUAUUUAAAGCUAAAAGAAUAUUCGUUAGCCAUAGAAGCAGCAAAAAAAGCGAAGAGCAUUAAAACUUGGAAAGAGGUCAACUUUAUAUGUGUUAAGUAUAAACAGCUAAAAUAUGCACACACUGCAGGAUUGCAAUUAAUUAUGCAUGCAGAUCAUUUAGAUGAAAUUAUAAAAAUAUAUGAAAAGAAAAAAUACAUUUGUGAAUUAAUUAGUUUAUUAGAAAAUGGGUUAAGUAAUGACAGAGCUCAUGUUGGUAUAUACACAGAAUUAGGAAUACUAUAUGCAAAAUAUAAGCCUGAAAAAUUAAUGGAAUUUAUAAGAAAUUAUGCAAAUAAAAUGAAUACUCGAAAAUUAAUUGAUGUAUGCCAAUAUGAAUAUUUAUUAAAAGAAGCUGUUUAUUUAUAUAUAUCUUAUGAUGAGUACAAUUUAGCAGUAGAUACAAUUAUUAAACAUUCACCCACAGCAUAUUCACCUGAUACCUUUAUGCAAGUAAUACAUAAAGUAACAAACAGUGAUAUUAUACAUAAAGUCAUUGAUUUUUACAUUGAUGAACAUCCAUUAAAUUUAUAUAAUUUAUUAAAAAUAUUAGAAAAUAAAAUUGAUAAUAAUAGGUUAGUUCAAACAUUAAAAAAAUCGAACAACUUACCAUUAAUACAAAAAUAUUUAGAAGACAUACAAGUACAAAAUAUUACAGCUGUUAAUGAAACAUUAAAUGAAAUUUAUUUACAAAAUGAUGAUUACAUUAGUUUAGGAAAUUCUAUUGAUGAAUAUGAUAAUUUCAACCAAAUGAAUUUAAUUAAUAAAUUAGAAAAUCAUAAAUUACCUGAAAUGAGAAGAAUUGCUGCAUUAUUGUAUAAAAAAAAUAAGAAGUAUAAAGAAGCCAUUAACUUAUCCAAAAAAGAAGAACAGUAUAAGGAUGCUAUUGAAAUAGCUAGAGUGUCUAAAAAUAAUUUAUAUAUUGAAGAUUUGAUAAACCAUUUCAUCGAAAUUAAUAAUAAAGAAGCCUUAUGUGCAUGCUUAAUUGUAUGUUAUGAUAUAUUAAAGCCAGAUUAUAUUUUAGAAAUUGUUUGGUCCAGUGGAUUUAAAGAUCAAGCCAUGUUAUACUUUAUUCAAAUUGUGAGUGAUUAUACAAACCAAAUAGAUACUAUGAAAAAACAAAUUGAAGACAUGCAAAAAGAGAAGAAGAUGAAUAAGUCAGCACCUAAUGAUUAUUCUGUUAACUCCAUGUCAAGCCAAUUUACUUAUUCAUUAAAUAACAACUUAUCCAUUAUGCCUCCACAAAAUAACUACAUGUCCAGUAAUUCCCAGUUUGAUAAGUAUGACAUGUUUAGUAACAACGCUCAUUUUUGA